GUUCAAGAGAAAGGUAAGGAGAGAAGAGACUGAGAGUCAGGAAAGGAGAGAAAGGGAGACUGAGAGACAAGAAAGGAGAGAAAGAGAGACAGAGACAAGAAAGGAGAGAAAGAGAGAAUGACAGUCAGGAAAGGAGAGAAAGAGAGAGUUUGAGAGACAGGAAUGGAGAGAAAGAGAAAGUGUGAGAAAUGGGAAAGGAGAGAAAGAGAGACUGAUAGACAAGUAAGGAGAGAAAGAGAGACAGAGAGUCAGGAAAGGAGAGAAAGAGAGAGUUCGAGAGACAGGAAAGGUGAGAAAGAGAAAGUGUGAGAAACAAGAAAGGAGAGAGAGUGUGAGAGAAAGAGAAAGACAGGGAAGGGACAUGUACAGAAGAGAGAAAGAUAUGGAAUUAGAGUAUGAGAAAGACAGGGAUGUAAAUGAGAGAAGGAGGGAGAUAGGAAGCCUGUAUGUGACAGUCAGGGAAGGAGAGUAAGAGACAGACUGUAUGUGACAGUCAGGGAAGGAGAGUAAGAGACAGACUGUAUGUGACAGUCAGGGAAGGAGAGUAAGAGACAGACUCUAUGUGACAUUCAGGGAAGGAGAGUGACAGACAAGCUGUGUGUGAUAGUCAGGGAAUGAGAGUGAGAGACAGGCUGUGUGUGACAGUCAGGGAAGGAGGGAGAGUGAGAGACAGGCUGUGUGUGACAGUCAGGGAAGGAGGGAGAGUGAGAGACAGGCUGUGUGUGACAGUCAGGGAAGGUGGGAGAGUGAGAGACAGGCUGUGUGUGACAGUCAGGGAAGGAGAGAGCUAGGGAUGAUUGUAAGAGAGAGGGGGCAGUAGAGAGCUGAGAAUCCCCUCCAAGGGGAGAGGCUGCCCGGCCACAUUCCUCCCCCUCCUUCCCUCCUCCUCCCUCCCUCCCUCUCUCUCUCUCUCCCCCCUUCUCCCUCUCUCUCCAGCUAUUCACCAUUUUACUCCUCUCUCCCCUCAGUCUCUAUCGCUGGAGCUGGAUCCAAUUCCCCCGAAGAAUCCAUAAUAAUAAUAAUUAAUAAUAAUACUGAUAUUAUUAAUAAUACUAAGCCGGACACGCGGUGUGAGAGCGAUUUAUCCCGGGAGCCAGACACUUCCAGGAGCCGAGGGAGAGAGAGAGCGCUGUACCCGCGGUAUAGGAGGGGGCUCGGGGGAGCAGAGCGACUUAUAGAAGCAGCCAGCCAGGCGGACAGGGAGCCAGGCAGGGGCCGGAGGGGACAGACACACAGAGCGACUUUCUAUGAAGGGCAGAGUGAGUUCCAGGAGGAGACAUUGCUGAGGGGGGGAGGAGGAGGAACCGACUUAUCGGAGGACAGACAGCGAUUUAUCCGGGGAGAGCCACUCAGAUGGAUGAGCAAGGGAGGCUUCUCCAGGCCCGGGGGGUGGGCAUGCCCGGACACCCCAUCCAUGGAGGACCCCAAACCCUCACCCCCCACCCCAUGCACGACCCCCCCUCGGACAAUGGGGACACCAGGAAGCAGGAUAUCGGCGACAUACUGCAACAGAUCAUGACUAUCACAGACCAGAGCCUGGACGAGGCUCAAGCAAAGUGAGUGCAGGGGGAGAGUGAGUGAGGCCUGGUGACAGGGGGCCCCAAAACCUAGAUCUACCCCCCUUUAGUUAUUGUAACUACAACUCCCAUCAUGCUGUGCCAGGCUUGAGGCCAUCAGAGCACCGUGGGAGUUGUAGUUGUUCAAUAAGUGGAGAUCUGUCUGUUUUGGCCACCCUUGCCUUGUGUGUAGUCCAUGGAGUACAGCAUUGUGUGUUUAGGAAACCCUAUCUUUAUUUACCCCACUGCAGACCCCAGGCUUUUAUAGCCCAUGUUAAAGACACAUUAGCUGAUUUACCAUGAAUUGCAAGCCUUUCACACCACACAAUGACCUGACACAAUGCCCUUUAUUUACACUGUAAACCACCCAUCCUGCCCAGUAUAUGGGACUUUACACAAAGUAUCAUUUGGUUUUAAUGUCAUUCUAUCUGUAUGUCCUUUAAAUUCAUUCUAGUUCUGUAAUCACUGUUACUUAUAUGCAAAUAAUAAACAUUUGUUUGGCUUAUUCACUAAACAAUUAGUUAAUGCCUUCUACCUUUCUAAGUCCGCUAUUUGGCCUGCAGCUUUUAAAUUGGAUCACUGUUUAGUGAAUCCUCCCCUUCCUCUAGACUACUGUCCCAUUUAAAUGGACUGUUUUUGUAAGAGGAACUUUAUUCUUACACCUCAUAAAACAAUGUUGACAAUUACAAUCUCCUGUAUGAGAAAUGUGUUUUAGUAACUGCAUAAUAUUGUUUGAUCAGUGUCUUAUAAUUGUUCAUUUCCACUGGAGAAACAUUUAAUGUAGCAUUAAAAUACUAUAUAUAUCCAUUAUGUCUAAAGAGCUAAAAUACUUUAUACAUUUAAUCUAAUACACAGUAUACAAAGGCAUUGCUUGUACAUGUGAUCCUGUGGAAAACAAAUGGUUAAAUUCCCCUACAGGCCUGAUGAGUAUAUACCAUACAGCAGGGAAUAGUGUUGUUUAAAUUCCCUCUAAGAAGAAUAAAACAAGGAUUACUGACUAAACUGAGAAUUGCUGAACAUUUAUUAUGGAACUGCAAAUUACAAGCCAAGCUUUUCAGUGUUCUCGACAAUAAUCUAAAUUCUAGGCCUCGUCAAUAAGCCUCGCAGAUAACUUGCUGUCCUCUAUUUAUUACAAAUAGAGUUUUACUUGUAAUAGCUAUGAAAUAGAAAAGCGAGGCUGCAUGGAGCCUGUAGGCCUCAACUGAACUGAAUCCAUUGUGUUUGUUUUGUAUAAUUUCAGUAGCAGAAAUGUCAUUGCUCAUUCUGGCACUCCAAGGGUUAAAAUUCUGCUCCAUAAAGAUGCUAUAUUUGUUAUUGAACCCUUACAAUUCUGAUAAUUCAAAGAUUAUUACGAUUGCUACUUUUAGGGAAGAAGACUUUUUUUUUUUUUUUAUCCACUCAAAGUAAACAAAAUAUAAAAAUAUAACAUUCACAUAAAGGGAUUGCAUAACUCUCUGUGGGAAAGCAUGUGUUUUGUCUUGCAGAGUAGAAUCUUGCAGUGUUAUUGUCUAAAGUGAGAAAUCAAAGUGAAUUUAAAAUUUUAGGCCAAAGUAGUCAAGCUAGAAGUAUCACUGACUUUGAAAAGUUUUUUCCUAAUCCGCUAUUUUGGCCUUUAAUUUGAAAUUCACAUGGAAUCCUUACUGUAGUGAAUAACCCUGUUGAACAGAGUGAGAGAAGGUUAUUUUCUGUGUGUGUGUAUAUAUAUAUAUAUAUAUAUAUAUAUAUAUAUUUUCUACUUUGGUGGCACUAAGUCAAAGAGAAAACUUUGUCAGGUCUAGGGCGCUCUGUACCAAGUGCGUUCAUAAACAGUGAACAAUCAGAGGUGAAACUGAAUGUUUUGAAGCAAUUUGCUCAAAAUCUCGUCAUAACUAGUAUUUCUGUUAUUUUAGAUGCCUUUUUAUAAAACAUUUCGUGUAUGUUUACCUGAUAUUACACUGUAUAAACCUACAUAAAGAAACCGAUCUUAAUUAUUUAAUAUUAUGCAGGUCACAAACUGGCAUGAAAUGCUUAUAAAAGGCAAAAACUGAACUUUAGGUAUCAGUAUUGACACAGUGACCGCGACUAAUAAAGCAAGUUGAAAGGGACACAGAAGAAAUUUAUUUUUAUUUUUUUUUUAUAAGAGGUUAAAAUGUUGCAAAACAUUAAAGUGACAAAUUUGCAGACUGAGCAUAGGAACAGUAAUUAGUCUGUGUGUUAUGUUAUUUAUUAAGUAUUGUCUUGUGACAAAUAUAACAUUUACAGGGUUAUGCAUUAUAGUAAGAAUUGAUUCAGAGUGGAUUCCGUACUUAACUCCUUAAGGACACAUGACAUGUGUGACAUGUCAUGAUUCCCUUUUAUUCCAGAAGUUUGGUCCUUAAGGGGUUAAAAGAACACUAUCGUAUCAGGAAUACAAACGUGUAUUGUGCUGGAAUGCAUCAUUAGGCCCCCGGCUUCCCUCCCACUGGAGAUUAUAGUUUGUUUAAUCACCUUUUCUCCCUUGCCACAUCGGUCUUGCAAGGGCCGGCUUCAUCUCCGUGGCUGAUGAUCUCAGCCAAUCCAAAGCUUUCUCAUUGGGAGGUUAUUGUACACGCGCAGCAAAAUGCUGUGCCAAUCAGCAUCUCUUUGAAUCACUGCAUCUCUAUGGGUAACGUUCCGCGCCUCCAUGCAGAGCGUGGAGAUGUUGAACGCCCGGGCUGUACACCGCUCAGCACUAUACUAAGAAGCGCCUGUAGUAGCCUUCUAAAUCACUGUAACUAGAGGUGUUACUAGCCAGCAAUGUAAACACUGCCUUUUCUAUGAUAAGGCAGGGUUUACGGUGCAAAGACUGCAGGGAGAAACUAUAAACACCACAACCACUACAUCAAGCUGUAGUGGUUCUGGUAAAUAUAACAUCCCUUUAAAAUCAAAGUAACUAAACUGGAAGCAUAGCUUCUCUCCUAAAGGGCAGCACUCUACUCUCUCACCCAGCUCUGCUUCACUCCACCUUGUUUGAUUGCUACCUCCUGUCCUGUUGGGUUUUACACCCCACCCUCUAUAGGCUGUAAGCUCAUUUGAGCAGGGCCCUCUCCAACCUAUUGUCUCUGUAGGUUUUUGUAGUUGUUUAAUUUAUUGUUAAACCUCCCCUUUUUGAUAUUAUUGUAAAGCGCUACAGAAUUUGCUGGCGCUAUGUAAAUACCAGUAAUAAUAAUAAUAAUUGUUCUAAUUUGGCUAGUUUGGCCUCAAAUUUGAAAUUCACUUUGAAUUCUCACUUUACUGAAGAACCCGGUUAUUAAAACUACAAUUUUUACUUACAAAAGUAGGUUUAUAUUGUUAAUGAAUAACCUUUUAAUUAAUCUAGUCUUCGUGUUACUUUUCUCUCAUCCUCUUCUUAUGAAUCACCCCAAGCUUCGAAGGUAUUUUCCAUAUAAUAUCUAUUAACUGCAAAGCCUUAAAAAAAUGAAAUGUUGUAGUUGGCCAUGUUGAAUAACCCCUAUGAACUCCUGUUUGCUUUCAACCAAUCAUUAUAAGCUUCAGUAUUAAAUUAUUAGGCUAUUACACAAAAUGGCUUCUGGGGGUGUACCAUUCUCUUUUUAUGUGCCCCUCUGUAGCAAAUAGUUUUUUAUUUAUUUCACAAAUAUUUGGCAUAGUGUUUUCUUCAGAUUUUGCCCUUGGAUAAUCACUAAAAUGUAAAUUGGCAGAAAUUCAAAGUGAAUUUCAAAUUCUAGCCAAAAAUCGAGGCCAAUUAUUUUUUCAGAUUGACAGUAUUGUCCUAAGAUUCCAAAUUCACUUUGAAUUCCCCAUAGCUCUUACUUCAGUGAGUAAAGGAACACUAUAGUCUCCUAAAUUACUUUAGCUAAAUAAAGCAGUUUUAGUGUAUAGAUUAUUCCCCUGCAAUUUCACUGCUCAAUUCACUGUCAUUUAGGAGUUAAAUCACUUUGUUUCUGUUUAUGCAGCCCUAGCCACACCUCCCCUGGCUAUGAUUGACAGAGCCUGCAUGAAAAAAAAACUGGUUUCACUUUCAAACAGAUGUAAUUUACCUUAAAUAAUUGUAUCUCAAUCUCUAAAUUGAACUUUAAUCACAUACAGGAGGCUCUUGCAGGGUCUAGCAAGCUAUUAACAUAGCAGGGGAUAAGAAAAUCUUAAUUAAACAGAACUUGCAAUAAAGAAAGCCUAAAUAGGGCUCUCUUUACAGGAAGUGUUUAUGGAAGGCUGUGCAAGUCACAUGCAGGGAGGUGUGACUAGGGUUCAUAAACAAAGGGAUUUAACUCCUAAAUGGCAGACGAUUGAGCAGUGAGGCUGCAGGGGCAUGUUCUAUACACCAAAACCGCUUCAUUAAGCUAAAGUUGUUCAGGUGACUAUAGUGUCCCUUUAAUCAUUUGUGGGUCUGUUUAAAAUGCCAGAAUUGUUGAGAUUAAAUAAAGGUUAAAUAUUUUUAUACUAUAUAUAUUUUAUUUUUUAUUUAUGUAUUAUUUGUUUAUUUUUAUGUGGUUGACUGCUGAUAAGGGGCCCUUUAAACUCCAUUUUGUCAUGUAAAUAGGCCUUUGUUGGGAACUCAACCUUGGUUACAUUGUCUGUGUUGGGAACGUUCUUUUCUGUUUCCUUCACCUUAGGAUAGUUCAGUCUUUACGAUUUUAUUAAUUACUGUUAUGUUAGGAUGGUUGCCUUUAAAAUUGCCCUCAGGCUUUAAGAUCUUCAUGCAUAUUAAUGUAAUCAACAUGAUCGCAGAUAUAUUGAUAUUUUACCUUGUUGAACCUCUUUACAUUUUGCACAGUAUAGUGAAUAAUAGACGAUCAAGGUUAAACCAGAGCAAUUCUAGAGCAAAGUGCUUAUCAGCAGAACAACACAUUUGUUUCUAUGGAGGCUGCUUAAAGGAAAAAUGUCACUUUUGAAAUUUUAGCACAACUUGAUUGCAAACUAAAAGUUAGCUGCUGAAUGUGGUUGUUGUUAUUAAUUUUUCUAGUCCUUUUUAUUAUAAUUUUCCAGGCAAAAUAUGUAUUCUGAACUGUAUCUGUAUACUGAACUCAUACAAAUAUGGGAUUUCUUUGUUUGAGACAUCGUAGGGUCGCAAAGUUGCCCAUAACACAAAAGUGAACAGAGAUUGUGUUUUAUUUAUUUUAUUUUUGCUAUGUGGCCUAAAAAUUUUGAAUGUUGAAUUUAUAAUGGCUCACUGAGAAUAAUGAAAGGCUAGCUAUCACGGUCAGGAGUAUGACAGGUACUUUGGCACUCGUUUUCCUGACACUAUAUAACCCUUAGGUCCCCUCCAACCUCAGGGCCCCCCUCCCUUCGGCGCUGGUGACCUCUCCUCCCCCGCCGAUGUCAGCUUCCGAGUGGAGCGGAAUGCGCGUGUGCGGCAAGAGCCGCACGCGCAUUCAAACCGUCCAUAGGAAAGCAUUUCUCAAUGCUUUGGUAUGGACGUUCUGAAUGCGAUUUUUCGCAUCCAGCGUCGCAGAAGCGCCUCUAGCGGCUGUCAGGAAGACAGCCACUAGAGGCUGGAUUAACUCUGCAAUGUAAACAUAGCAGUUUCUCUGGGGGGCCUGGCACCCAGACCACUUCAGUGAGCUGAAGUGGUCCGGGUGACUGUAGUGUCCCUUUAAAAAUAAUGGAAUAAACAGAAUGUCUAAAGUUAAUUUUUAACUGUAGUUUUAGUAAGUUUAUCCAGUAUUGUGGAUCUGACAAGACCAAAAGUCCUGUGUUUUUAUUUAAUUAUAUUUAAUUAAGGAAGUGGUAAUUUGAUCAUGGAGUUUCCCAAUUUAUGUGUGCGGUUGUGUGAUGUGACAUUUGCAGAGAAUUGUGGGAGUAGUAGUCCACUGGCGGCAAGAUUGGGGAAGUUCAACACACUGUAUCUGCAGUUUAAUUGAAUGAUACUUUGCAUGUCCUUGCAGAUUCUCAGACAUGAUUAAACCUGUCCAUAACCUGAGAUUCAGGUUGACACACAAAUGUUUCCAACUUUAAUCCAGUCAGAUUGACGCCUGAAAAUCAUGUAAUGAAAUACAUUCGCUAAAAUAUGAGUUGACAGGUUUUGGGAAGUGGGAUCAUUGGUUAUGGUUUGCAAGAGGGAUGUAGACUUUUAUUAAUUCUUUAUUUAAAUUCUAAUAAGUUGACAACAUACCGGCAAAAUGUAUCCCAAAAUAUCCAGUGUUAGAGCCUGUUUUUAUUUAUUUGUUUACAAAUCUCAUAUCUGCUUGCCAUAACUUGCUGGUGUUUGGGGAGAUUUACAAUUAUUUAUUUUUAUAUAGCGCCAACAUAUUCCGCAGUGCUGCACAAUAAGUAAACAAAACAAACAAUUUUUACAAAACAUGUUUCAUGUGUAAGAGAGAACAGAAGGGGAAGAAGGCCAUGCUCAAACAGGCUUACAGGCUAUAUUUGGCAUGUGGUGAAUUGACUAUCAUUGAGUUGAAACACAGCACUUUCCAAUUGACAAGUAACUCUUUCAUGAAUAAAUUCCUUAAUCUGUACUUGGGUGCAGCAAAGUAAUUGAUAUAGAAAUGUUUGCACAUAUCUCACUUUAAAAAUGAAAGAGAGAAAUAGAAAAUCACCCACGUCACAAAGGUUGUACGUACGUUGUAUAAAAGUGUUUUACUAUGAGAACAUGUUUGGAUUUUUUUACAUGUAUUUAAAACAUUAUUCAUUUAAUUUUACUUUUCACCCAAUUAGUUAUAAUUCACAUUUUCCCAUCAGAGAAGUACUGUGUCUACGCUAUGAAAGGAUUACUUUAAUGCCAUAAACCUGUCCAAAUAUUUCUUUACAACCUGCAAUUUGCUCACUUCCUGCCAGUGAUCACAACGCGGAGAUUAUUCACCACUCAGUAAAUUUGGGAGAAGUGACAAUCAAAUUGUGAAACUUAUGUCAAAAUUAACAAGUUGAAAAAUAGUUGUAGAAUUCGUCCAGGUGGGCUAUUUUGGUCUAAAUAUAACAAAUACAACAACAUUUACCAUUUAUUCAGUAAACCUAUAAUUCUAUCCUUUCAUAAAAAUGAAGAUUGUAAGCUUCUGUAACAUACAAAAUAAUGACAAGAGGUGCAGAAAGCCCUGCUCAAACAUGGCCUUCUUCACUUUGUGUCAAUUACUUGUAAGAUAUUCACGUUCUAUAAUUGUAAAGUGCUGCAGACUAUGUUGGUGAUCUAUAAAUGAUGAGCAUAAUAAGACAGUCCUGUUUAAAUGUUUACUUAACUGCAGUUUAUAUGUAUCUGGACAGUAUUUACCAUUCUAUUAUUUUGGUUUUAUGCCAUAGUAGUGCAUUCAACAUGAAAUAAAAGUGAUUUCUAGGGACAAAGUGUAGACUGCACUCUUUAAUUUUAGGGUAUUUAUAUCCAUUACCCAUAAAGUGUGAAGGCCUUGGUUUUUGGGGGACUAAGUGUAAUUGGCUAGUUGGCUGCUCUCUGUCUGAUUAUACAAAGACUGUAGAAAGGGAUUCUAGGUGUGGGUUUACACUUGACAUUGGUUGCUGUGGUCUGCAAAGGACCAAAAUAAAUCAGUUGUGUGGCAGAAGAAGCAAAAUGGGUUUUUGAGCUCAUCCAGUAAAUGUAACUUCCUUUCCUGGAUACAAUUUAGGGUAUGUUAAAGGGUAGUAUAACACUACCAUAACCAAAGAGGUUUACCACAAGACACAAACUACUUGUAGUCAUCAAGUCGACAACCGAUGGAUUCUCUGAUGGAUCGAUGGAUCUAUAGAUAUCAAGAACACAGUCUUAUGAGCCAAUAGGGCAAUGGACAUGAUCCAGAGCACAUUAUGGAGCCACUGUAAUUGGGCAGACAGAUCUUGAAUUCUUAGAUAUAACCAAUACCUUCAAAUUCAUCGGAUGGUCCUCUACCUUACCACAAGAUAGUGACCCCAGACUCUCUGAUAAAGGAAGGGAUGAGUGAAUAGGUCAAACUAGUGAGGUUUUUAAUUUACUAAUAAUCCAAGACUGAAAUAAUGUCCUGCAAGACUUGAGAACUGAUGGCUGUGGUACAGGCCUGGUAGGACUAUAUCAUGGAAGGUGCACAGCGUCUGGAGAUGGCUGCUGCUCACGGAAAUCGAGCAGUAAUCAGAUGCAUAGAAUUUUCAAACUAGAACUAAAUAUGCCAUUAAAAAUACAAGUUAACUUGUCGAUUUUCCUUUUGUUCCUCUAAAACUGCCUCCCUAAAAAGGAUUAUUGAUUUAUAUAAAACCGCUGCUGUUCCUGCAUGGUUGUAGAUAUAAAUGCCCUGAAAUAAAAGUGAGCCGCUCUGUAUCCUCAGAAUCACUGUUUAAGGUUUUCAUCUUUAUUUUUGUUGUAAACAACCAGAACCAGUAAACUUGUCUCUCUCUUUGUAGUCACAUAGUUAGAAAAUGUAAUGUAUACUUAUUGGCUUUCUCCUGAGGGUUGGUGGAGAUGUCCUUUGUUGAGGUUUGUUUCUCAAAGCUACAAAAUAUGUCUUUAUCUUUCACAAACAAAGCGUCUGACAAUCGCAAGUGUGACUAUUAAUUGCCAGAGAAGUCUCAUCAAUCCUACUGAAACUUUUUGAUUCUUUCCGAACACUAGGUUUAACCAUCCCAUGUAUUCAGUAUUGCAAUGGCAGCAGAACUUGUGCUAUACUAAAGCAAAUGCCUAUAUUUUUUUUUAAAUUUGUUUUUAAAUCUAUUUAUUUCUUCUAAGCUAUUUUAAACACAAACUGGACCAUGGUGGGGUUCUUUUCAGAGCUUGUCACUGUUGUGGAAAUAAAAUAUGAACAUAUACACAUAUAACUUUGUAGUUAGUAAAAUGUCUAUUUACCCAUUGCACUGAAAUCAGUAGAUAAGCUAUUCACGCAUAUUUAGACAAAAUGGCUGCUAGAAGUUUCUAACCCCUCCCUCCUUAUAACCUCGACUAACUACCUCGUGUAACAAGAUGGCGCUGAGAUCUGGGGGAGACCCUCAUGGUCUCAGUGACAUCACCUCUAGUAGGUAGAGCACUAAGAUAACUACUUAACACCUAACCAAUUGAUACCGUAUUAUUCCAUGUUAUCUCUGACAAUGCUUAUGAUGUAAUUUUGCUUUAAAAGGGACUUGCCGUCCUUUCUGAAUAAACAUUCCUCAAGUUAUUCAACUACCUGAAACUUGUGUCUGGUGUGAAUUACUUCAGGGAGCGUGCACGCACUGUUUCAUUAAUUUGGUCAGGGGGCAGAUACACAAAGAAUAAUCAAUCGAUUGAGUUGAUUUCCACUUCAGUCACCUUCUCUUAUAUGCCUUACAAUUGUGCUUUUCUCUUUAAGUUGCUACUGUAUUCUCAGUUUGUUCAAAGAUAAGAGCUGUUACUGAGGCGCACUAUAUAGUCUUUUUGGACAUUUCAUAGCAAUAUGUAAAGUAAUGUACUUUACAGAGUAUGACUGCGAAAUGGGUUGUACCUUCAGCAAACUAACAACUUGACAGGCAGCUAGGAUUUUAUUGUUAAAUGCCGCCCUGUUUGAGUAUUUCAUUGUUAUAAAAUCUUUCUGGAAGCCAUUAAAGGCUGUGUUGGAAUGUCAUUGACAAUGCAAUCAGAGGGGAAGAAUAAGUAUAUGUAGGCACUACUUUGAGCCAAAGAUUAUCACUUAUGAGACAUUGUGCUAAGGAAAAUGGAGCUUUAAGUGCCACAAUGUGCCAUUUCUCAUCGGCCAUUUUCAUUCGCUGCACAAACAUUACUAGACCCAUGUAGACAUGAGUAGAAUUGUGAUAUGGGCUGUUGUGAGAUAAUGAUCUGUAGGUUUUUUUUUUUGUUUUUUUUGAAACAUCCCAGAGCAGAGUUACCUUCGCAAGAUGCUUUGAAGGAACUCUGCAAUUCAUACUCCAUAAUCUUUUUUUAUGGGCUACAAAACAUUUUUUUUUCUCUCCCACGAGCGAUACAACCUAAUACACAUGUAUCUUAUAAAAGACCUAGUAUUCUGCUAUUCAAUUAUUCUUUAGUAUCUUCAUAUUAUUUAUCUAUUUAUCCAAACUGUUUGACAAUAACGUGCACCCAAAGACUCAAUGGACUAAAAAGAAAAAAAAGUUUGUUUACAAUUAGCAGAUCUUUAAAUGUAGCAUAUUAAGGUAGCUAUUUCAUAUUAGCAUAUCAAUUGUAUAUGUAUUCACGGCUCUGGUAUAAUUGUAGUACUAUCUGUGCCUCAGAAGGCAAUGUGGUGUCAGAGUAUUUGGAUCAAACUGAUAUUAGAUGUAUGUUUUGCUUAUUGAGAGUGGUAUGGGCCUACCACUGGUUCCCCCAAGUAAUGCCCUAUUAAGGAGCACUUUCUGGAGAAAACCAAAACUGUUUCGGAUACAAGUGAACUAUGCACUUUCCAUUUAAGUAAAGGAUUAUGGGAAAAGGACGAUUUCGCAUGAAAUGCCAUAUCUGUGCCUCAUGUGGAGGUAGUUGUCAUGUUAAUGCACAGUUUUAUGACUCAAAUAUAACUGAAACAGUGUUUUGUGGUUAGAUACACAUAUAAAUAGUAAUAGAUGGAUGAGCCACUCUCCCAAUAAUAAUAAUAGUGAUGUAAAGUGAAAUUUAUGGACGUGCCUAUCUUUCCCUAAAACCACAUGCAGUUGGGUAAUUUUGUUUUGAUAAUAAAUACAUCCAACAUGCUGAAUAAAUAGUUUCUCCUAAUAAAACUUUAUGCUGUAAAGUAACACAGACUAUCCAUACACUGACAAUGUAAUGAAGCCGCUGCUCUGUGUAUCAUGAUGUACACGCUGUGCUUGAUAAUAUGCGUAUCCAUUAAUAAUGAACAUGCUGUGCUGUAUAAUGAUGCUGAGUAUCUAUACAUUAAUAAUGAGCAUGCUGCGCUGUAUAAUGACACAAUUAUUUUUACGCUGACAAUGAAUAUAUUGUGUAUAAUGAUGCUGAGUAUCUGUAUUCUGAUAAUGAACAUCCUGUCAUAUAAAAUGAUAAUGUGGGUUUCAAUGUAAUGGACGUGCUGCACUGUAUAGCAAUACUGAGUAUCUAUUCAACAGUCUGCUCAAGCACACAAUGCUGUAAAAUGAUAAUGAGCAGCUAUUCAAUGAGUGAUCACGCUGCACUGUAUAUUGGUCUAGAGCAGGGCUAGGCUACCUUUUAGCAGCACUGUGCCUAAAUAAGAUUGCGAUGUCCUGUAGCAUGCCGGUCCUAUUUUUUUUUUUAAAUCGAGGUGUGUAUGUUGCCAUAUUCUGCUUGUUAUUUAUACUGCAGUUGUUUUGUAUUUUUGUGUGUGUGUGUGUGUGUGAGCUAUUAUAUUGUAUAUGUUCCUGAGUAGUUUGUGGUGUCGUGUAUGAUGCCUGUGAAUGUGGGCUGUGUAUGGGGCUGCUUGUGGAAUUGUGUGUGUGUGUGUGGAUGGAUAUGUCACAUUGUGUGUUUGGUAGUGUGUGUGUAUGUGUGAGGCUAUUUGGGUUAUUGCAUGUGAGAGGCUGCAUGUGGGGUUGUGUGCAUGUAUGUGGAUUGUUAGUGGUGUGGGGUUUGUGUGUGGGCUGUUCCUUUAUUUGUAGGAGGGGAGGGUUAUUCUGCAUUUCUGUGUAUAUCUAGCAGUGUGGGUGGCUUCCCUGGAGUGCAGUGUGGACCAGGAUGGUCAGGAACAGGUCAAGGACAGGAACUGUAACAUCAGCUGCGGGCUGCUCUACUUCAGUGUGGAGUCCCAUUCACAAGUGCUGGGAGGAAAUGAUCUGAAAUCACUUCCUCUACGUGCUGCAAUGCAUAAAUUAAGGAUUGCCCUUCACUACCUUUUCGUCUAAGCAGAUAUCACUGGGACUCCUGAUAGGCCAGAGCCUGUUUGGCUCUAGCAGCCUUGAGAGCCGUGCAAAGACACCUCGAGUGCCGUGCAUGGCACUAGUGCCGUAGGUUGCCUACCCGUGGUCUAGAGUAUCUAACUACCAUGCACUCAUAAUCCCUAGACAGAGUAGCUAUGUAAUAAUAAUGUGCUGUUUUACAGAGUAGCUAUGUAAUAAUACUGUGCUGUUUUACAGAGUAGCUAUGUAAUAACAAUGUACUAUUAUACAGAGUAGCUAUGUAAUAAUACUGUGCUGUUUUACAGAGUAGCUAUGUAAUAACAAUGUACUAUUAUACAGAAUAGCUAUGUAAUAAUAUUGUGUUUAUACAGAGUAGCUAUGUAAUAAUAAUGUGCUGUUAUACAGAGUAGCUAUGUAAUAAAAUACUGUGCUGUUAUACAGAGUAGCUAUGCACUGAAUAUCCCUAUACAGAGUCGCUAUGUAAUAAUAAUGUGCUGUUAUACAGAGUAGCUAUGUAAUAAUAAUGUGCUGUUAUACAGAGUAGCUAUGUAAUAAAAUACUGUGCUGUUAUACAGAGUAGCUAUGCACUGAAUAUCCCUAUACAGAGUAUCUGUUUCCUAUUAAUGUAAUGUUAGACAGAGCACUUAAGCACUGGAUAUCCCUCUAUGUGUUAGAACCUCAAUAAUUCUGUUCUUUUAUACAGAGUAGGUAUGCACUAAUAAUUUAAUGUGGAGGAUCUAUGCACAGAAUCGCUAUACAGAGUAUGUGUGCUUUGAUAAUCACUGUAAUGACAAUAUAGAGUAUCUGUGCACUGGAACUAUGUGAUGAUGAUAAUGCUGAGUAUAUCCACUGAAUACGUCCAUUUUCUCUCUAUAGGAAACAUGCCUUAAACUGCCACAGGAUGAAACCGGCUCUCUUCAGUGUCCUAUGUGAGAUUAAAGAGAAGACAGGUCAGUCUUAAACCUCGUGCUUUCUGUAACAUAAUGUAUAUUGCACCUCUAUCACCUUCUCUUUACCAUGGUCAUUCUUACCGUCUGUCACCUUUUCUCUACCGUAGUCAUUUCGAUUGUCUGUCACCUUGUCUCUUCUGUGGUCAUUUCUACCGCAGUCAUUCCUACUGUCUGUCACCUUCUCUCUUCCGUGGUCAGUCGUACCCUUUUCCGAUUUCAAUUUUUGUUGGUCAGUCUUCUCUUCUGUGGCCUUCUCUACCAAGUUAUCUCCAUAUCUUCUCACUUUUUAUUUCCUGUUGUUAUUCUCAGCCUCUUUGAGAAAACCUCUAAUGUAAGCAAAGUUACCAGUCGCCUUGAGAAAUGCACUGCAGAAUAUUUUGGAGUGUUGUAA